AUGGCCAAACAGGGAUGGAUCCCUCGAGCUUUGUCAACUGUCACAUCCAGAAGUAGGAAGAAGAGCGCGGGCUCUUGCACGGACAUCGAAGAGGAUGCUGAGGAGAAGGCGGAGGAACUACGGAGUCUGCCCUGCCUGCCUUCUGCACCUUCUUCUGCGCUCUUUGCACAGGAUGCGUUCAGCAUGCCUUCGGUGGGAGGCUGCGUAAACAUCCAGCAUCCCCACAGCAAGAAUUUGCUGCCCGAGGAGGUU